UUGUUGACAGGAAUUAAUUAGAAGCGCAGUACAAUUAUUUAAAAAAUAUAUAGGCAAUUUUGCAACAUCUCAUUAAAGUUACAUCAUACAGAGUUUAUAUGUAUUUCUCCUAAAUUGCAGUUGGUGCACUUCGGGUGCACUGUUGGGAAGUCAACCUGACGAUUGAGUUGUUAUUCAUAUAGCUUUUCAGUGGGUCGAACGCGCUCACUGUUUGCCGGCCGUGUUUCUCCGGAUUGUUGCGUCAUACAAAUCCAACAGCUGAUGAAAAUUCUUGUACUUUUGCUUGCGUUGUCUAUGUCAGAAAUUGACAGUCGUUUUACAUGUGCUUAGGCGAACGGACGCUGCUGGUUAUACAUUAAAAAUGGUGACUAGUGAAACUACUUCAACGCCCUUACGGAGAGAUGAUAUUUACCGGGUGCCGGAAACAAUUCACUUUCCAACGGAGGAGGAGAAUAUAUUAGAAAUUUGGCGUAGAGAAAAAACUUUCGAGCGAUGCAUGAAACUAUCGGAGCAGCGUGCGAGGUAUACAUUCUACGAUGGCCCACCUUUCGCCACUGGCCUACCUCAUUAUGGGCACAUUUUAGCUGGUACAAUCAAAGACAUUGUAACACGCUAUGCCUAUCAACAGGGAUAUCAUGUGGAGCGCCGCUUCGGCUGGGAUUGUCAUGGCUUGCCGGUAGAGUUCGAAAUUGACAAGCUCUUGAAUAUACGCGGCCCUGAUGAUGUGGCGAAAAUGGGUAUUGCUGCAUACAAUGCAGAGUGUCGCAAGAUUGUUAUGCGCUAUUCCAACGAGUGGGAAGAGGUAGUGACACGUAUGGGACGUUGGAUUGAUUUUCGCAAUGAUUACAAAACGCUCUAUCCCUGGUAUAUGGAAUCCAUUUGGUGGGUUUUCAAGCAGCUGUUCGAUAAAGGGCUCGUCUAUGAGGGCGUCAAGGUGAUGCCAUAUUCUACAGCCUGCACAACAGCGCUUUCGAACUUCGAAUCGGGACAGAAUUAUAAGGAAGUUGUGGAUCCUUGCGUGGUGGUGGCAUUCGAGGCGGUGAAUAUGGAGAAUACACAUUUCCUCAUAUGGACAACAACACCCUGGACACUGCCAUCGAAUUAUGCUUGUGCGGUUAAUCCGAAUUUGAUCUAUGUGAAGGCCCUUGAUAAGAAAACACAACGCAUUUAUAUCUUGGCUGAAUCACGCUUAAAUACCGUCUAUAAAAACGAAGAUGAUUACAGUAUUUUAGAGAAAUUUCCUGGUACCAAAUUAGCCAAUGCACCAUAUAAACCACCCUUUCCUUACUUCCUCGAAAAAGGAACCGCAGCGAAAGCUUUUCGCGUACUUGUCGAUGAUUAUGUCACGUCAGAGACCGGUACCGGCAUUGUCCACAACGCGCCCUACUUUGGUGAGGAUGAUUAUCGCAUUUGUCUCAAUGCGGGCAUUAUACAAAAAUCCAGCAAGCCAAUUUGUCCAUUAGACGAGGUGGGACGUUUCACGGCGGAGGUAACUGACUUUGCUGGUCUCUAUGUCAAAGAUGCCGACAAGGCGAUAAUAGCGAAGCUCAAGGAAAUGGGUGUGCUAGUAUCUGCUGGUCAAGUCAAACAUAGUUAUCCAUACUGCUGGCGCUCCGAUACACCUUUGAUAUACAAAUCUGUACCCUCAUGGUUCGUACGCGUGGAGCAUAUGUCACAGAACUUGCGCGAUUGUAGCGCGCAAAGCCAUUGGGUGCCAGAAAAUGUGCGAGACGGAAGAUUUGGUAAUUGGUUGAAAGAGGCGCGGGAUUGGGCAAUAAGCCGCAAUCGCUACUGGGGCACACCCAUACCAAUAUGGCGCUCGCCUAGCGGUGACGAGGUUAUUUGUGUCGGCAGCAUCGAACAACUAGCGCAAUUAUCUGGCAGGCGUAUUGAGGACCUACAUCGCGAGACGGUCGAUGAAAUCGAAAUCCCCUCUGCCAUACCAGGCCGUCCUCCACUUCGUCGCAUAAGCGCUGUGUUUGAUUGCUGGUUCGAAUCUGGCUCCAUGCCGUUUGCACAACAGCACUUUCCUUUUGAAAAUGCUGCCAAAUUCUUGAACAACUUUCCAGCCGAUUUCAUUGCCGAAGGUAUUGAUCAGACACGCGGCUGGUUUUACACGCUCUUAGUAAUAUCAACGGCGCUCUUCAAUAAAGUACCAUUUAAAAAUCUGAUUGCAAAUGGACUUGUGCUGGCCGCUGAUGGACAGAAGAUGUCAAAACGCAAGAAAAAUUACCCCGAUCCCAUGGAAGUGGUGCACAAAUAUGGCGCAGACGCGCUGCGUUUGUACUUAAUCAACUCGCCAGUAGUGCGCGCAGAGAAUUUGCGGUUCAAGGAGGAGGGUGUGCGGGAGAUCGUUAAAGAUGUAUUCCUGCCACUUUACAAUGCUUAUCGCUUUCUGCUACAAAAUAUUGCACGUUAUGAAAAGGAAGAACUGCGCGAUGGGGCGCGGUAUCAGUAUGAUAAUGCGCGACUGCUGCGUCAACUAGAGCACUCCACCUUACUAGAUAUUUGGAUCGUUUCUGUGAAAGAGUCUUUGAUUGAGUUCUUUGCCAAGGAGAUGAAGCAAUAUCAUCUGUACACGGUAGUGCCGCGCUUGACUAAGUUCAUUGAUCAGCUAACGAACUGGUACAUCCGCUUGAAUCGCCGCCGCCUAAGGGGAGAUCUAGGUGAAUUAGACAGUCUGCAAUCAUUGGACACACUAUAUAGCGUACUCUUUGCAUUAGUACAUCUAUUAGCACCUUUCACGCCCUUCCUCUGCGAAUACAUUUUCCGGCGCUUACUCCCUUUUCAACCAACCGGUUCCAUUAAUGCAGCCACAACUUCAGUCCAUCAGCAAUUAAUGCCACAGGCUAACCCGAAAUUUAUUCGUCUAGAUAUAGAAAAAUCGGUGUCGUUGAUGCAAACGGUUAUCGAAUUAGGUCGUGUGAUGCGUGAUCGUCGCACAAUGCCACUGAAAUGUCCGCUCUCCGAGGUCAUCGUAAUCCACAGUGAUCCAGAUAGUUUAGCGGCUAUAGAACGACUCUCUGAUUUUAUACUUAGCGAAUUGAAUGUACGCAAAUUGACACUCAGCUCGGAUAAGGAGAAGUAUGGUGUUACGCUGCGCGCAGAGCCGGAUCACAAGACACUAGGCUUGCGUUUAAAAGGCACCUUCAAAGCCACAAUGUCUGCUCUAAAAGCACUCACCGAUGCAGAUAUUCAAGCUCAUUUAGCCAAAGGAUACUUUACUAUACUCGAUCAACGUAUCGAGCUUUCCGAGGUGCGCCUAAUUUACUGUGUCUCAGAUAAAGUACAAGCUAACUUGGAGGCGCAUAGUGAAAAUGAUAUACUCGUACUAUUAGAUAUGACACCUAACGCCGAGCUAUUGGAGGAAGGUUUGGCACGUGAGGUCAUAAAUCGCAUACAAAAGCUGAAGAAGAAGGCGAAACUAAUACCAACAGAUGAGGUAAUAAUUUACUACCGAUUAUUGGCUGCAGGUAAUGCCAACGAGUCGGGCAAGGUAAGCGUUCAAGAGUUGACAGAGAUCUUGCAGAAGCACAAAAAUUUAAUCAAAAGCACAAUAAAAUCGGAUUUAUUGGAGUGCAAUGAGCAAAAUAAAUGUAAACGAAAGCCCAUUAUUAAGGAGAUCGCUAAUGUAAGAGGCGUAGAUUUGGAGCUCACUAUUUGUACCACAGCAGAAGACAAUAGUGUUCAUUUACAACUCGUCAAUGAUCUCUCGCCGCGUUUCGAGCAAAGUAGAAGCGGAAGUUUGCUAUUGAAGAAUCGCGUAACUGACGAAGUCAUAACUCUGCCGCAAUUCUAUACUGAAACGAAUUUGAUUUUUGGUCUAUAUGGCGUGAGUUACACUGUAUUCUUAUUUGAUGAGACCCAGGGGCAAGUUCGUGCGUUGCAGGCCACUGAUUUGAACGAAAACUUAUAUGGACAGUUGCUGGUGGUGGCGAGGAAGGCAAGUGAAGUCAACAAGGAGAUGUUUUAGAUCAAUGCAAAUGGUAAUAUGAAGGUAUUUCGAAUACCAAAUGAAUCUGUAAAAUGAACUUCAAUUGGAUAUAUGGAUUCUUUCAACUUAUGCCAGUUUUAAUUUAUUAAAAUUCUAAAAUAAAAGAAUGAAUUUUAAUAAAUAUA